AUAUUUGAGCUGAAAGAGUUAGGCUACAUCCUUGCUGCACCUUGCUUUACCUGUAGUGGCUCAGUGAUCGAAUCGAAUAUGCAACUGCGUUUUGAAGAUUUUCGUUUCUUUUACUUUUGUUGUUGUUCUUGUUGAUCGAUUGGAUAGCCUACUUUAACACGGAUUAUCACAUAAACAUGAAAUUGUCUACACUCUACAGGACACACGACAAUGAUGGUUUAUAACCCCUCACAGAUGUCGGAAAAUAUGUCUUCAAAAAGUGACAUUCAUUUUUAGUCGAAUAAACGAGCUUUUGCUCGAAUGGAGACGGAUCUUCCAACACUUCUGUCACCUUCACAUCAGAUAUGAAUGACAAUUGUACUAACAUCUCCACAGUCAUGUUUGACCAGCUUGUGCAGAACACAAGCUGUGAAUCCCCGCUGUGCAACAGAAGCGCAGUGCCAGAUCACUUUCUCCGGUUGCCUACUUUUUCCACUGCAGCCAAAAUCAGAGUGAUAACUACCUUUACUUUGUGCGCGGUGUCGGCAGUCUGUAAUCUCGCCGUGCUGUGGGAGGCUAGUACCAACAACAAGCGGAGGUCUCAUGUACGAAUCCUCAUUAUAAAUCUUACUGUGGCGGAUCUGCUGGUGACAUUCAUCGUGAUGCCUGUCGACGCAGUGUGGAACAUCACUGUCCAGUGGCUGGCUGGGGACGUGGCCUGUCGGUUCCUCAUGUUCAUGAAACUUGUCGCAAUGUACUCCUGCGCCUUUGUCACUGUUGUCAUCAGCCUCGACCGACAAUCUGCCAUCCUGAACCCACUGGCUAUCAGUGAGGCCAAGAGGAAGAACAAAAUCAUGUUGAUCAUUGCGUGGACCAUGAGUGUGAUUCUGUCUAUCCCACAGAUGUUCAUCUUUCACAGCGUCACCAUCACCUUCCCGGCAAACUUCACACAGUGUACAACCCGGGGCAGCUUCCUCCAACACUGGGAGGAAACUCUCUACAACAUGUUCACGUUUGUGUGUCUCUUCCUCCUUCCCCUGGUCAUCAUGAUUGUCUGCUACACACGCAUCCUGCGGGAAAUAUGGCGAAUAGCAAAAGGAAACAUGUCCUCCAAAGAGGUUAAUCUCCGGCGUUCCAACAACUACAUCCCAAAGGCGCGCAUGAGAGCGUUAAAGAUGAGCAUUGUCAUCGUGACCUCUUUCAUCGUCUGCUGGACGCCGUACUAUCUACUGGGCCUAUGGUACUGGUUCUUCCCUGACGACUUGGAGGAGACCGUGUCCCACUCAAUGACUCACAUCCUCUUCAUAUUCGGCCUAUUCAACGCUUGCUUGGACCCAAUCACAUACGGCUUGUUCACAAUCCACUUCCGCAAGAGACUGAAGCGAUAUUGCCAUGAAGCGGUGGCGCUGAAUGAGUCUGAUAACAACUCAAUGAUGACCGGCUCGUUUAAGUGCUCACCAUCGCCUUUCCGCAUGAAGAAGCUCGCUCAGAACAGUCAGACUGGCAGCCGACCUCAGAGCAUAGAGCGUCAACAGUGCAAGACACAGGAACCACCUAACAAUUGUCUCACUGCAGACACAGACCUAGGAGAUCCAAACUGUUGAAGUCCAGAGAGUGGGAUAUGAUGAAUGCGACCUUGGCCCUUUCGUUUGAGGAGAAACAAUCUCCGAGAAUAUUUUCAUACAUAUUUAGUGUUGUGUCCUAGACUGUGGAAAAUGGAAUAACUGGGAUAAACUGAGUAUGAUCAAAUUGUCCAAAUUGACUAUUGUUAUUCAAAAAAUGGAUCAGGCUGCUUUUUGUAAAAAAGAGAAUGUAAGCAUUGCUACUGUUGUCGUUAGUGUCAGUAUGCUUCAAGCAUGGACGGAUUAUGAACUUUCAGGCCCCUGGGCCCAGAUGUAUUAAGAGCCCCCCACUAAU